CUAUAUUCUGUGGUAAUAUAUAAGUCAUAAGAAAUCACCAAUCACGUGUUACCUAACCUACUCGCAUUCCUUAACCUCACUUUUCUAUUAUUAAAAUUUGAAACUUUCUAUUUUAUUUUACCAUAGUCUAGUCUAAGAGCUGUCAGUAGUGGUCCCAGUGUUGUUAAAAUGUGUAGCGUUGGUGACGAUGUAGAUGAAGAAAAAGCAAAGUUUAUGCAAAAGAAAAUAACCCUAAACUUUACCAACGCUCUAUGCAUUAAAUGUCGAACUUUAAAACCGCAAGUUAUAUUGCACAACCAGUACCCUUACUGCAAAGCCUGUUUUCUCUCUGGCACCGUACAUAAGUUUAAAGCGUUACUAGGUAAAAAUCGAGUUGUUCAACCGAACGAAAGUGUGCUUAUACAUCAUAAGGCAGGCCAUGCAAGCACUGCUCUAUUACAUUUUUUAAGAACUGGCCUCGACUUGAACACACCUAAGAAGAUACGUUUUAAACCGAUUAUUGCUUAUAUUGAAGAUAAUUAUGAAUUAAAUGUCGAAGAUAGAACACAUAUAUCACGUCAAGUCAGCGAUGAAGCUGAAAGGUUAAAUUUUCCAAUAGUUUUCAUUAAUUUGGCACAGUAUGUUACCAACAAGUCAAAUUUGCCAUCAAUUGUGCAUGAAAAGGUUGAAGAUUUGAGGAUAGAUCCAGAUGACAAUAUGAAAAUUAGGGCUGCUGUAAAAAGUAAUUCAACCUUAACUACACAAACGGAAAUUGUACAUUAUUUUGAACGUGAACUACUGCUAAAGGUGGCUAAGCAUUUGGGUUGCCAGUGCAUUUUUACAACUGAUCUAGGAAUUGAUAUUGCCUCUCAGCUGCUUAAAAAUGUAACGCUAGGUAGAGGUGAGAAUAUUGUAUAUGACACGGGUGUGGUGGAUUCUAGGGACAUGGAUGUAAGUGUUUUACGGCCGUUGCGCAAUUUUACAAUAAAGGAGUUGGCUUUGUAUAAUUAUUUUAACCACUUGGAACCGGUCAGUUUUUAUCGUAAAACAAAGAAUCCGUAUUCUAGUAUGCAAAAUCUAGUGGAGAAAUUUCUUGCCGAUUUGCAUGUCAAUUAUCCGGCGACGAUUUCCACAAUUGUACGAACUGGAGAUAAAUUGGGAGUUAAUAAUGAACCAUCAGAAGAUAGGUGUAUGCUCUGCAAGGUACCGAUCAGAAAGGAAAUUGAAAGCCUUGGAUCUGCAGAAGCUACAAAUUUUUCUCAUUGGAUAUCGACGCAAACUCGAAGCUGUGACAAAUCACUAAAAGAACGCACCAGUCAAAUUUUGGCAACAUUUGAUAACAAUAAAUAUAACAAAUAUUGUUACUCUUGUAAUCAAAUUGCGCCCUAUUUAUGUCAAUAACAAAGUUUAUUAAAGAAUUUAAAUAUUUA